AUGUCUGGGAUCCCGUCAGAAGUUCAACAGACAUUGAGCGAGCUCAUGACUGGGCUCCUUUCUCCAGACAAUUCGAUUAGGUCACAGGCGGAGGAAUGUCUUCAAAGAGAUUGGACUAAAAAGGAAAAUGUUGAUGUGCUACUGGUGUUUCUUGCACAGCAGGCAGCCCAAGGCAAUGGUGAUACCUCAAGGGCGUUUGCAGCAGUCUUGUUUAGGAGAUUUGCCAUUAAAUCACCUGUGGGGCAGGGAUACUCUGUUACAGACCGUCAGAUCGAUUUUGUGAGUGAUGGUGCAAAACAGGAGGUGCGUAACUUGUUGUUACAGGGCUUUUCGUCGCAGCAAACGAACGGCGUUCGGCAUAAGCUUUCAGAUGCCCUUGCAGAGGUUUCAAAGGACGAGAGUUUUAUGUGGUCGGACAUUUUGCCAACAGUUGUGCAGGCAGCACAAAAUUCCGAUCCGAACUUUAGGGAAUGUGCAUUCCGGAUCAUCACAAACGCUCCGCAGAUCAUGACUGGAGGUGUGCAGCCCGGUGGCAGCAAGGAGGGCGAAACGCAGUUUGAUCCGUCAUUGUUGAAGAUGUUCCAGCAAGGCUUCACUGAUCAAAACGAUGCCGUUAGAAUUGCAGCAUGCACAGCUUUCGUGUCGUUCUUUGAAAACAUGCCAAAGACGUACUGGGGCUCUCUCGCAAAGCUUCUUCCAGGCCUGUUGGACUCAUUGCCUCAUCUUUUGGAGACGAAGAACGAGUCAGCCCUCUCAUCUGUGCUCGAGUCCCUUAUAGAGCUAGUUGACUUGGCUCCUAAGAUCUUCAAGCCGAUGUUCCCAACUUUGAUCUCAUUCUGCAGUGCUGUGGCGAAGAACAGGUAUCUCGACACGGAUGCAAGGCUGUCGGCGUUGGAGUUGCUCACAUGUUUCUGUGAAUCGUCGCCUAAUAUGUGCAAGACAGAGCCAACUUAUGCACCAGCCAUGGUUGUUGACUGCUUACAGCUCUCAACAGAGGUCUGCGAGGACGAUUACGACUGCCAGGAGUGGCUCGAGUCGGAAGAUAUCGAGGAGGAUGAGGAUGAGGAGGCUUACAAUGCUGCGAGAUUGUCCUUGGACCGCGCAUCGUUGAAGUUGGGAGGUGAGACGUUAGCCCAGCCUCUCUUCCAGUACAUUCCAUCGAUGCUGCAGUCAGCUGACUGGCAUGAGAGGCAGGGUGCACUCAUGUCGCUCUCAUCGGCCACAGAAGGCUGCAGAGACGUCCUGAUUACGGAGAUACCAAAGAUCCUCGACUUGAUACUUCCAUCGCUUCACGAUGAGCAUCCGAGAGUCCAGUAUGCUUGCUGCAAUGCACUGGGCCAGAUCUCGACCGAUUUCGCCGACGUGAUUCAAAGAACGGCCGGAAACAGAAUCGUCCCAGCGUUGGUUUCGAUGCUUACAACGAAGAACGCUGCAAGAGUUCAGGCCCAUGCAGCUGCGGCACUUGUGAACUUCUGCGAGGAGGCCAGUCAGGACAUCCUUGAACCAUACUUGGAGUCGUUGCUUUCGAAUCUUCUCACACUCUUGCAGAGUGCCCCCAAGAGAUACGUCCAGGAGCAGGUCAUCACCACGAUUGCUAUUGUGGCCGACUCGGCCGAGAAGAAGUUCCUCAAAUUUUAUGACACCUUGAUGCCGUUGCUCUUUGCCAUCCUCCAGUCCGGAGACAGUACGGAAAACAGGCUUCUCAAGGCCAAGGCCAUCGAGUGUGCCACGUUGGUUGCACUCGCAGUUGGGAAAGAGAAGUUUGCGCAGAAUGCCGGAACCAUUCUUGAGAUUAUGACCAAUCUUCAGCAGAAUCUCCAAGGAGACGACGAUCCUGUCAGAACGUACCUUGAGCAAGGGUGGAUCCGCGUUUGCCGGUUGGUCGGCAAGGACUUCAUGCCGUAUAUGCCGCUGGUUCUACCCCCACUCUUGGAGCAGGCCCGUGCCAUUCAGGAUAUAUCGAUCGUGGAGGAUGAGGAUUUGGAUGAGAUCAACCAGAAUGAGGACUACGAGGUGAUCCAGCUCUCAGGAAAGCACAUUGCUGUUCACACGGCUGUUUUGGACGAUAAGGCCGGGGCCAUCGAGUUGUUGAAGAGCUAUGCUGACGUUCUAGGCGGCCAGUUUUAUCCGUAUGUGGAUGAAAUCGCCCGGCAGAUCGUCUUGCCCGGUUUUGACUUCUACCUGCACGAUGGUGUGCGUGGAACGUGUGCAGUGACUCUUCCCUCGCUUCUCCAAAGCUGUAUCGAGGCCACAGGCGGUGCCAAAUCAUCCCAGAGUGUGGAACUCUGGACACAGAUGGCAAACAAGCUAAUACACCAGCUGUCGAGUGACCCGGUUCCAGACUUGCUUGUGGCCUACUUCUAUGGAAUCACCAAGGGCCUGGAGUUGAUGGGUCAGAACGCACUUUCCGACGACCAGCUUUCGUCGUUUGCGAAAGCCAUCAACACGUGUUUUUCGGACAGUUACGAGCGGAUCAAGGCCAAGGAAGGGGGAAACGACGAAUACAACGAGGAGCUUCUUGAUGAGGAAGAUGAUGACUACACAGAUGAGGAGUUGUUGGAGCAGAUCACGAAAGGGUUGACCAUGGUGUUCAAGAACUCCAAGGAGCGGUUCCUACCGCCGUUCCAGACGCUUGUCCCAACUCUUGCCACUCUCAUCAACGAUGACAACGUCUCGUUGCAGAUGGCCGGAGUAUGUGCAGCCUCGGAUUUGGUCGAAUACGGUGGCCAAGGCUCAUUCCAGUUCAAGGACUUCUUCAUGAACCCGGUCGGCCAGGCUUUGACAUCUUCAAAUGCCGGUGUUCGGCAAGCUGCCGAUUACACUGUUGGUGUUUGUGCCCAGCAUGGAGGCCCCCAGUACAUCAGUUACUGUGUAGCAUGCAUCCCUUCCAUGCUGCAGAUGGCUUCAAUUCCAGAUGCCAAGGCCGAGGAGAACAUCGGAGCCACAGAGAAUGCGUGCUCUUCAAUCGCAAAGAUUAUUCACUCGUUUGGCUCGCAGAUCCCAAACAUCGACCAGAUCAUCGAUGGCUGGUUGAAGCUGCUACCAAUUACCCAGGAUGACGAGGCUGCUCCUUACGCUUACAUGCUUCUCUCCGAGCUCAUAGACAGACACCAGCAGAAUGUCUUCUCGCAAAUCCCAAAGGUUUUGGACAGCGUUGUUCAGGCCCUCUUAUACGCUUCAAUUCAAGGCAAGACAGCGCAGAAAGUUGUCGACUCUACUAAGAACUUGCUAGGCUCCAUUCCCCAUGACCAGGCCAUGGCGCUUUUUUCCAAGUUCGAUAACGAUGCCAAGACCGUGAUACAGAAAUGGUUCUCUUGA